AUGGAAUCUUUGGAUGAUGAUAUUGAUGAUCUUAAAAUUGGAAUGAGGGUUUCUAGUGAAGAUGAAGCAUAUAAGUUAUAUUGUAAGUAUGCCCUGCGAAAGGGUUUUGGUGUUCGAAAAGGAAACUUUCGGUAUACUAGUGGUGGAGUUAUUAAACAACGGGAGUUCUUAUGUGCAAAUGCAGGACAAUAUCGCGAUGGUGAUCCUUUUAAUCCGAAAAAAAUAAGAAGACUAGUGACCCGAACAGGUUGUAAAGCUCUAAUUAAAUUUGUAAUUGCAGAAGGAAUUUGGGAAAUUAGUUAUAUCAAUGAUGAACACAACCAUAACUUUGUUGAUCAAGAAGAAAGACAGUUUUUAAGAAUAAGCAGAAACAUAGAUUCAGCUAGUGCAAGUGUUCUAAAUUCUAUGGUUGGUGCUGGUAUAAAAGGGACAAAAGCUUACUCAUAUCUUUCGAAAGAAGUUGGUGGAUCUGAAAAUGUCGGGUUCACUUUAAGAGAUUGUCAAAAUUUUGUUAAUGAGAAAAAGAAAAGUUUGAUUCAAAGAGGAGAUGCACAAAGCGUAAUAAAACACUUUAAGCAAUGUCGAGCUGAAGACCAUAUAUUCUUUCACAGUGAGGAAUUAGAUGCAGAAGGUCGUUUGGCAAAUUUUUUUUGGAGAGAUGGAAGAUCGAGAUUAGACUAUGACUAUUUUGGGGAUGUUGUUGUUUUUGAUACCACGUAUCGAACAAACAGAUAUGAUAUGAUUUUUGCUCCAUUCGUAGGAGUUAAUCAUCAUAGGAAGAAUAUUUUAUUUGGUUGUGCAUUUCUUGUAGAUGAGACCACAGAUUCUUUUGUUUGGUUGUUCGAGGAAUUUUUAGAGGCGAUGGAUAACAAGGCACCCAAGACAAUAUUUACUGAUCAAUGUCAAGCAAUGGCAAAUGCCAUUAAAAAAGUUUUUCCAAACACUUGUCAUCGUCUUUGUUCAUGGCAUAUUUCAAAAAAUGCCACUCAAAAGCUUGGGACCUUGUAUGGAAAUUACGAGUUCAAAACUUUGUUUCAGAAGUGUCUACAUUCUGAAGCAAUAGAUGAUUUUGAAUCAACAUGGAGUCUAAUGAUAACGAAGUUUGGCAUUGCGGACAACAAAUGGCUUAAGUCACUUUAUGGACUUAGAGAGAAGUGGUGUCCGGCGUUUAGUCUUGACACUUUCACUCUCCGUGCUAAAUCAACUCAAAGAAGUGAGAGUAUGAACAAUGUUUUGCAAAAGAUGUCCUCUAAAGCUAUGACUUUAAUGGAAUUUGUGCAACAUUAUGAAGAACAAUGUGAGAAGAUGCGGUUAGCUGAAGCUAAUGAAGAUUAUCGUAGUAAGCAUGGCAUAAUACAAAUGAAAGCGAAGGAUUCCAAAAUGCUGAAACAAGCAACUUGUGUUUACACAAAUAAUAUUUAUUACUUAUUUGAAGAUGAGGUGCUUUCUAGUUUGGCAGUGAAAUUGGAGUUGUUAUCAAAUCUUUCUACAAUCUUCAUUUAUCGUGCUUUUGUGGGAGGUGAUAAGCAUUACAUUAUAAAUUUUGAUUCAUCUAAUUUUAAUGUAGUGUGUUCUUGUAAGUUGUUUGAGUCUACUGGGUGGUUGUGUCGGCAUGCACUGAAGGUUUUCAAUUUAUGGAAUAUUCAUGAUAUACCAUCUCAAUAUAUUCUAGAAAGAUGGACAAAGUAUGUGAAAUCUAAACAGCCUCCAUUUGAAGUUGGUGGGUCGUCUAGAAAUAAGAAAUCAUCUUUGACUCUAGAAAGAAGCAUCUUACUUCAGCAAUCUUAUCGCGCUAUCAAUCACUUGGUUAUGACCGCUGAGGGAAAAAGUUUGGCCAAGAAACAUGUGCAAUUAAUGUGGGAGGAUGCACAAAAACUUAUGGAAACCUUCAAUCCAAAUAAAGAAAAUGACAAUACUUCUAGUGAUCUCACGAAGAUUGGUGGACAUUUAGAGGAAAUGAUUGUGCUGGAUCCUUCACAUGUGAAAGCAAAAGGAGUAACGAAUGCUCGAAUAAAAAGCUAUUUGGAGAAAAGGAAACGUAGGCAAAAAAAAGGGCAACCAUUACACAACACUUAUAAUGUGCCCAGUGCUCCAGUGCUUUCUCUCCCACCUGUUCAUGCUCCAACUCUUCAUUCAUUUGGGCAACAACUACAUACAAACAUUUUCAAUCCUGGUGUUAUUCAUACGUCACUCCAAUGCGAGCAACAAGUCAGACCGCAAUCCGCUAUGAAAGAACCAGAAAAUGAACACAUUGACCUUUCGAAUCAGCUUUUUCAAUCAUUACUGGACUCGAUGCAACACACAGAACUUCAGAGGCAAGUGACCCUCCUCGGCGGCAAGCUUAAGACGCAGAACGACGUCGAUUCGGUCUCGGUGAAGCUGGACCGGCAGAUCAGAGACUUCGGCGUUUUGAUCAAGAGCGGGGUGCUACACGACGACGCCGUUCUGAGGUCGUCGAAGAGGGAGUCCGAUCGAGUCGAGGCUCGGAACUUGAUAACUCGGUUGCAGAUUGGGAGUCGUUCUGAGGUCGUCGUCGACGUUGAAGAAGGAGUCCGUACGAGUCGAGGCUCGGAAGUUGAUAACUCGAUUGCAGAUUGGGAGCACCGAGUCGAAGAACUCGGCGUUGGACUCACUGCUGGGGUUGAUUCAGGAGGACGACAAGAAUGUGUUGAUUGCGAUGGCGCAGGGGAUCAUCCCGGUGGUCGUCGAGCUCGACGCCGGAGGUCAAAGAGAAUACGUCACGGCCGUCGCUAG